AUGUUCUACCAUCGUGAACCGGAGACGCGAGCGCAAUUUGUGGUGCUGUUCACGGCAUCGAAGAAGCGACUCGCCCUCACUCCACUUCAUCUGCUUCCAUUUGGUGAAUGUCAGGCGAUGAAAAGGGAUCUGGAAAAGGCGGACGGAGUGGACAAAUGGCUUCGAGCUUCACAAUUUGCUCAUAAGGCGACAGCUGGUGACUGCGUACUGACAGUUUCCAACAAUGGAGAAGUAGUCGUCGACAGGAUAGUCAAGAUCGGAAGGCAAGUCUCUGAAGGCAUCUACUCGCCGAUGACGGCAGAGGGCGCGUUGAUCGUCAAUGGCGUACUAUCGUCGUGCUUUUCGCAAGUUGAAAGUCACACUGUGCACAAGGUUGUCUACGAUUUCCUCACUUACGCCUACGAAUUCUUCGGUCUCUCACCUGGACGAAAUUCUAUUCGACAAGGCAUCCCAUCGUUCAUCAACUACGUGCACGAGUUGAGUCACGUCUUCCUGCCAUUCUCGAAAUUCUAA